AUGAUGGCCCCGGUGACCGUCAUCAACGCCAACUCCAAGCGGGAGACGGGCAAGAAGGCGCAGUUGGGCAACAUCGCGGCGGGCAAGGCGGUCGCUGAGAUCAUUCGGACGACGUUGGGACCACGCUCGAUGCAGAAGAUGAUCCUCGACGCGAACAACGGCAUCGUGCUGACGAACGACGGGCACGCCAUCCUCCGCGAGAUGGACGUCAGCCACCCCGCGGCCAAGUCGAUCAUCGAGCUCAGCCGCACGCAGGACGAGGAGGUCGGCGACGGCACCACGAGCGUCAUCAUCCUCGCCGGCGAGUUCCUGUCGGCCGCCGAGCCGCUCCUCGCCAAGAACCUCCACCCCACCGUCAUCGUCCGCGGCUACCACAAGGCGCUCGAGGACACGCUCGCGGUGCUGGAGCGCGAGGCGUUCACGAUCAACGUGGAGGACCGCGACAAGAUGCGCGACCUCGUCAUGUCGUGCGUGGGCACGAAGUUCACGCACCGGUUUGGCACGCUGAUGGCGGACCUGGCGCUGGACGCCGUGCACACCGUGGCGGUGCGGCACCCGAACGGCAUGACGGAGGUCGACCUGAAGAAGUACGCCAAGGUCGAGAAGAUCCCCGGCGGUGCCAUCGAGGACUCGCGGGUGCUGAAGGGGGUGAUGUUUAACAAGGACGUGGUGCUCCCGGGGCGCAUGCGGCGCAAGAUCCGCAACCCGCGCAUCAUCCUCCUGGACUGCCCGCUCGAGUACAAGAAGGGCGAGAACCAGACGAACGUCGAGCUGACCCGGGAGGAGGACUUUGCCGCCAUGCUCAAGCUCGAGGAGGAGUGGACGCUGCGGGUGUGCAACGACAUCCUGAAGCACAAGCCGGACCUCGUCGUGACCGAGAAGGGCCUCUCCGACCUCGCCGCGCACUUCCUCGUGAAGGCCGGCGUGUCGGCGAUCCGCCGCAUCCGCAAGACGGACAACAACCGCAUCGCGCGGGCGUGCGGCGCGACGGUCGUGCACCGGCCGGAGGAGAUCCAGGACCGCGACGUGGGCACGGGCGCGGGCCUGUUCGACGUCCAGAAGAUCGGCGACGAGUACUUUUCCUUCGUCAUGGACUGCAAGGAGCCCAAAGCGUGCUCGAUCGUGCUGCGCGGGGCGUCGAAGGACAUCCUGAACGAGGUGGAGCGGAACCUGACGGACGCGCUCGGCGUGGCGCGGAACGUGAUGCUCGAGCCGAAGCUCAUCCCCGGCGGCGGCGCGGUGGAGAUGGCGGCGGCGCGCUACUUGAUGGACCGGGCGUCGUCGGUGGCGGGGCCGGAGCAGUGGGCGUACAGGGCGGUCGCGGCGGCGCUCGAGGUGAUUCCGCGCACGCUGGCGCAGAACUGCGGCGCGAACGUCAUCCGCACGCUGACCAAGCUCAAAGCGGAGCACACCAAGCCGGGGGUGUUUCGGGAUCGACGGGGAGCGCGGGGUCGUGGUCAACAUGGCCGAGCACGGGGUGUGGGAGCCGAUGCAGGUCAAGGCGCAGACGAUGAAGACGUCGAUCGAGGCGGCGUGCAUGUUGCUGCGGAUCGACGACAUCGUGAGCGGGCUGCAGAAGAAGCAGGGGCCCGGGCCGAGCUCGAUGAAGCCGCGCACGGAGACGACGGACGGGAACGACGUGGACUCGGAACAGCAGCUCGCGGAGUAGGAGAGGGGGGUGUGACACAUGUCUGA